GCGGAAACCGAAAGUGCCGUGCCACAGGCGAGCGCAGUGGGGAGAUUGAUUCACCUUCACCUGUACAGAUCCCUAGCUGACCCGAGUGGGAAGCCAGGAAAGCAAAGCAAUAAAACAUGAAUGGAAGAGCGGAUUAUUUGGUCACCGAAGAAGAGAUCAAUCUUACCAGAGGACCUACAGGGCUGGGCUUCAACAUCGUCGGUGGGACAGAUCAGCAGUAUGUCUCCAAUGACAGUGGCAUCUUCGUCAGCCGCAUCAAAGAGAAUGGGGCUGCGGCCUUGGAUGGGCGGCUCCAGGAGGGUGAUAAGAUCCUCUCGGUGAAUGGCCAUGACUUAAAGAAUCUGCUGCACCAGGAUGCUGUAGACCUCUUUCGUAAUGCAGGCUAUGCUGUGUCCCUGAGAGUGCAGCACAGGUUACAGGUGCAGAAUGGACCUGUAGGACGCCGAAGUGAAGGAGAGCCAAGUGGCAUCCCCAUAGCCAUGAUGCUAGUGCCAGUGUUUGCCCUCACUGUGGUAGCAGCCUGGGCCUUCAUGAGAUACCGACAACAACUUUGACAAGCUCGCUUUCCUCCAGUGCCCCUGAUGAAGAUACAUUUCUCUCUUUCUGUCAUCCUCCUCCCUUAAAUCCUCCCGUAUCUUUCCCUCUCUCUGCAUAGCCAACACAUGAUUUAAAGUGACUGAUACCCACCCAGAACUUGCUAUUCUAAAUCUGCUUGAAAUCCUCAGAUCCUAAUGGAGAGUAAAGGUAUUGUUUGAAGAAAAGCCAAGAAAAGACUUGCUGAGAACAAAUGAAGAGUUAUAUUUUUUACCAGGGCCACCAAUAGAAGUUCAGCUACCACCCAAAGAAAGCAAAGUCCAGUCUUCCCAUCACCAUGGAUGAUGACUUUUUUCUUAGCUGACAUUCCUCAAAAGCCAGCUGUAUGAGAUGUGAAGAGAGGAUUUUUUUUUAGUUAUCUUUCUUGGGAAGUUUUUGUGGACUUUUAAAAUUUCUUUCAACUGCAUACCUGGGUGCCUAUGUCAAACACAAGAGAAUAAGAAAGGAAACAUUCUCACUUUCUUAAAAAAGUGAAUACAUAUAUAUAUAUAUAUAUAUAUAUAUAUAUAUAUAUAUAUAAUAUGUAUAUUUGAAUGUAUACUCACAUGUGAUAAUAGUGAUGCUUUAUGAAGCAUUAAAAAAAUGAGUAAGCUCCUCUACUUUCUAGAUUUCAUUAGGGAUGAUCGUAAUUGAAGAAUUUGAAGAGAUUUAUAGAGCAUUUAUAGUAGGAGUGAGGGCGUGACCCUUAAAGAAGAUUCCCAAUAUGAGUCAUUGAAAAAAAAAAAACUGAAGCAACUAACAAAAAUCUUGAAUGAAUAAUAUUUCUUCUCAUAAUAACUAAUG